UGCAAGAAUCCAUUUUGAUUGGUCAAAAAUGACAUUUCAACAUGAUGGCACAUCGGGCAAUGGCGCGAUGGCGGCCGUCCAUUCUUCGCGCCGCCUGCAUGAGCACGAAAAGUGCGCCAAUCAAGAACUCCUUGUACUCGUAUGGUGAAGGCUACCUGGGCACGUUGGGUCACGGGAACUAUUCGUCGGUCGAAGCACCCAAAGCGUUGGACGCAUUUGACGGCUUGGACCUCGUCCAGGCGUCGACGGGCUGGUCGCACACAGGCGUGGUGGAUGCACACGGAAAGGCGUAUGUGUUUGGUCGGACGCACCACUUCAAGAACGUGAUCCGCGCAAUCAACAUGCAUCGAUUUGCCCCUUGGUUUCUGGACUUUGCCAACAAGGUGGGCGGACACCGCUCCGUGGAAGCGUUCACGCCAGUCGAGGUCACUCUUCCCGAGAAAGUCGUCGAGGUCGCAUGCGGGACGACGCUGUCGCUGUUUCGCACCGAGUCGGGGUCGUUGUACGCCAACGGUGGCAACUACUACGGCCAAUGCGGCGUCGGCCACGAAAACGCAAGUGUUUGGGAGGCCGAGGUCGUCAAGUUGCCGCCCGUCCAGCAAGUCGCUGCAGGGUACCAGCACGUGUUGGCGCUAACAACGGAAGGCCAGGUGUAUUCGUGGGGCAAGGGCGAGCGAGGGCAAUUGGGCUAUGGCACGGUCAACUUGAGUGCGCCGCAACAGCUCGUGGCACUUCGGGACAAGCAGGUGCGGUAUGUAGACGCAAGCUUUAACACGUCCCUGGCUGUCACAGUCGACGGCGAGCUUUAUGUGUGGGGCAAGCUCAUGGGUGCUGACCAGCACGGCCGCAAGAACGGCGAGGAUCAAAUCACACCGCGCCUUGUCCGCACGUCGGCGCCGGUGGUCGCCGCCAAGAGCAGUCACUUCCACACCCUCAUCUUGACUGGUAUGCCAGCUAGACAUUAUAGCUAGUGGUGUCUAGGCCGAAGCUUUACUCACUCGACGUAGAGGACGGCAGGGUGUGGGUACUGGGCCGAAGCCAGGCGGUCCACUUGCCUGGAGACAAGGCCGUGCGCACGAAUCCGGAGGUACACGUGAGUCCCGUUGCGGUCGAUGUGGCGGGUGUGCUGGACCCCAAGCGCAUCGUGCGGCUAGGCAAGGGUGUUCAAGACUCGUCAAUUCUUCUCGAUGACGGCAGCGUGUUCGCGUGGGAUUGGAAAGAUGGCGUGCACAGCAUCGACGCCGUCCGCGGGUUCCAUGUCGAGUCGUUCGAGUCUGGUUUUGGAACGAACAUUUUCGUGGGCCGCCCAAAGACUGUGGUUGCCAAUGAAUGAGAGGAGGCAUCCCCAGUAGUGCGGAAGUUCUGGGCGGACCGACCACUGUCCUUCAAUAGAAACUUGUACACCACCCAUGGAUCCAUCCACCCCGAGAUGCGGUUGGCGGUCGGUCAAGCGAACUUGGGGCCGCUUCCUUCAAAUGCAUUUCCCGUCUGUACACGGCCAAAGACAAGCCGACACGUGAGGUUACGAGAA